UUCCGACCCUUUUUUGUUGUUAAAGUUGGAAGGUCAUCGUUUUACUUCCGCGACACAGAGGCAGUAAAAAUGACAACGCUGAGAGCUUUUACAUGCGAUGAUCUCUUUAUAUUUAACAACAUCAAUCUGGAUCCCCUCACAGAAACGUAUGGGAUCCCUUUUUACUUGCAGUAUCUUGCUCACUGGCCUGAGUACUUUAUUGUAGCAGAGGCACCAGGAGGAGAACUAAUGGGGUACAUAAUGGGUAAAGCUGAAGGAUCAGUGGCCCGUGAAGAAUGGCACGGGCAUGUCACGGCUCUCUCUGUAGCUCCCGAGUUCAGACGGCUUGGUCUGGCAGCUAAACUCAUGGAACUGCUGGAAGAGAUUUCAGAAAGGAAAGGAGGUUUUUUUGUGGAUCUUUUUGUGCGAGUUUCCAAUCAGGUGGCAGUGAACAUGUAUAAGCAGCUGGGAUACAGCGUGUACAGGACAGUGAUAGAGUACUAUUCGGCCAGCAACGGGGAGCCUGAUGAAGAUGCCUAUGAUAUGAGAAAAGCCCUAUCCAGGGACACAGAGAAGAAGUCGAUUAUACCACUGCCGCACCCUGUGAGACCAGAAGACAUUGAAUAACUAUAGGCUGUAGUUACCAGGCAGUCCAGUCCACAUUCGCAUGUCCCCAGCGCAGAUCAAUAAGUAGUGAUUAAAACACAGCCAAUCAAGUUCAGUCAGUCUACCAAAGAAUGUUGUACACUUUUUUAUGAAGUUCAGAGAAGGCUAGCUCUGUGUACUGCACUUUUGUAGAAUGUUCAACUCUGGUUUUCACUGGGUGGGUUUGUGCCACCUGGAUCUGUACUGGCUGCUGUCCUUACACUCAGCAUGCUCAGUGCCAUGUUGCAGUAGCUUUAUAUUAGGCACAUCUAAAAGGUUAGAACAAUAUAGACCAGCACUCUGUGAACUGCUUGAGCUCCAAGACUACAUCCAUACUUGGGUUUCAGAUACUCUCUUUAAGAACCAGUUUUACUGUUGGGGGCUAUUUAUUGUGCUUUUGUACAAAGAUUUCAAAUAUACAUUUAAUUGUUACAUGGAAGUCAGGUUUCAAUAAAAUAAAAAAAGUCAGUAUUGUGAUACGCUA